AGAUGAAUCGUACACCUGUGGGACCCGACCUAUGGAAGACUACCUUAGUGACUGGGAUUCCCAGGGCAUACUUCCAAAAGUUUUUGGAGGCCACGACGCUGAUCACGGUUCGAUUCCAUGGCAGGCCAACCUGAUGCUGAACGAAGAACAAUUUUGCGGAGGAACGAUUUUAAGUGAAUACUGGGUACUGACUGCUGCCCACUGUUACAACAAAUACGCCAAUUAUAAAGUAGUUGUUGGAGACAUUGACCAAUUGAAAGACGAAGAUGAAGAUGAAAAGUUUAAAGUAGAGAAGUUCAUCAAACACAAAGACUACUUCCUAAAUAUAUCUGAUGGUAAUGUAGUUAAGAUAAUCAACGACAUCGCUCUGAUCAAAAUCAAGCCGAAGUACGGCCGUGGGUUCCAGUUCAAUGACUACAUCCAGCCGGCGUGCCUGCCAGAUUCUGACGCGAAACCCGAGCCUCAUCAGAAGUAUAUAGCCUCUGGAUGGGGCUAUACAUCUCCAACUGGUAUGUUUCCAAUUUAA